AUGACUUGGAAAAUUGCUACUCUCCUGUCCGCAGUCCUGUCGCUAGGCUCUUUCGCCGCGGCAGAGUCCAUUCCCAACACUGACUACGAUGUCAUCGUCGUUGGUGGUGGACCCUCGGGUCUCAGCGCCUUGAGUGGUGUCUCUCGCGUGCGGAGAACUGCUUUGCUGUUUGAUAACCAGGAGUACCGCAAUGCUCCUACCCGGGCUAUGCACGAUGUGAUUGGCAAUGAUGGUACACCACCUGCCACUUUCCGUGGCUUGGCCCGCGAGCAGAUCUCCCGCUAUCCCACAGCUCAUUUCAAGAACUCCACUGUGCUGUCGAUCGUACCCUACGGCAAUAGCAGCGUGUCCGCCUUUAACGUGACCGACGACACGGGCAAAUCCUACACUUCGCGUAAGCUUGUGCUUGGCACUGGUGUCAGCGACGUGCUUCCCGCUACUCCCGGUGUGGACGAAGCCUGGGGCAAGGGACUCUUCUGGUGCCCAUGGUGUGACGGUUAUGAGCACCGUGACCAGCCUUUCGGCAUUCUCGGAAACAUUGCCGACGUUCUUGGCAGUGUUCUUGAGACUAACACUCUGUACUCCGACAUCAUUGCCUUUGUUAACGGAACUGACACACCAGCGGGUGAGGUCGCCGCUACUGGCCAACACGAUGGUUGGAAAGAGCAGCUUGAUGCGUGGAACGUCAAAAUUGACAACCGCACUAUCACCCGUAUUGAGCGCACCCAGGAUGGUGAGACCCAUCAAAAUAAGACCACCGACCAGCAGUUCGACAAAUUCCUCAUUCACUUCACCGAGGGUGAACCCGUUGAGCGUGGUGCCUUCAUCAUCAACGCGCCUACCGUUCAGCACUCCACCCUUCCUGCCCAGAUGGGCUUGAACAUCACGAACGAGAAGAUCGAUGUCGUUACGAGCAGCAUGCGCACUAGCAUGGCUGGUGUCUGGGGCGUCGGUGAUGCCAACAGCGAUGCUUCGACUAAUGUUCCCCAUGCUAUGUUCAGUGGAAAGAAGGCUGCCGUCUACCUGCACGUUGAGAUGUCCAAGGAGGAUUCUCAGUCUAAGGUCUCGAAGCGUAGUGGAUUGUCUCAGCGCGAGCUGAUGAAGGAAGCGAUUCGCGCUAUUGGAAGCAACCUUGAGCCCCAGUGGGAGCAGGUUGAGAAGCGUGAGGUGGUCUAA